AUGUUUGAGGACAAUAACAUCGACAUCCCCACCUUUCCCCUGUCCCUCUCCGCUCCCACCAGGAGUCUGAUGUCAUGGGCGGAGUUUGCGUUGAGGACCCACAAAACUUUUGCUUGUGCUGGCUUCGACGCCACGCCUCUGUGUGUUGUGGCUGGAGCCGUCAUCAUUGCGUCGGAGUGGAGUUGCCGUGGCAGCCCUGACGGGGCGCAGGAGGAGGGUGGCAAUGGAGAGGGACUGGGCGAUGGGGCGGACCGUGGAUUGGAUGGUGACCCUGAGGGAGUGUGGAGUCCAGACAUUGAGCAGAGUUUUCAGGAAGCUCUGGCCAUCUACCCUCCCUGCGGCAGGAGGAAGAUCAUACUUUCAGACGAGGGGAAAAUGUAUGGACGAAAUGAGCUGAUAGCUCGCUAUAUCAAGCUACGAACAGGGAAGACACGUACACGCAAACAGGUGUCUAGUCACAUUCAGGUUCUGGCACGUAAGAGGGUACGAGAAUACCAGGCGAGCAUCAAGGUCUCUAGUCACCUGCAAGUCUUGGCCAAGAGAAAGUCUCGUGAGAUUCAGUCUAAGCUCAAGGCCAUGAACUUGGACCAGGUAUCCAAAGACAAGGCACUUCAGACAGUAGCCAACCUCUCAUCAGCCCAGAUUGUGUCUGCAAGUGUGAUGAAACCCCAGACUCCCUUCCCUCCACCAGUUAGAUUUUGGCCCAGCCCUAUGCCAGGACAGCCUGGACAUUCUCAGGACAUUAAGCCCUUUGCACAGCCACCAUACACUACACUACCAGCCCCUGCUCCUAUCAGUUACGAGCCCCUGCCACCCCCUCGCCCUGCAGCUAUAGCAGCUCCCGUAUGGCAAGACAGAACCAUUGCCUCAGCAAAACUACGGCUACUGGAGUACUCUGCUUUUAUGGAAACCCAGAGAGACAGAGAGACGUAUAAACACCUUUUUGUACACAUUGGCCCAUCGAACCCGAGCUACAAUGACCCUGUAUUGGAGUCCAUAGAUGUGAGGCAGAUUUACGACAAGUUCUCUGAGAAGAAGGGAGGCCUGAAGGAGCUGUAUGAAAAAGGGCCAAACAACGCCUUCUUCCUCGUCAAGUUCUGGGCGGACCUGAGCAGUGACAUUGAGGAGGGUUCUGGUGCAUUCUAUGGUGUGAGCAGCCAGUACAGUGGAACAGAAAACAUCACCAUCAGUGUCUCAACAAAGGUUUGCUCCUUUGGUAAACAGGUGGUGGAGAAGGUUGAGACAGAAUAUGCACAUAUGGAAGGAGGAAAGUACGUGUUCCGCAUCCAUCGUUCGCCCAUGUGUGAAUACAUGAUCAACUUCAUCCACAAACUCAAGCAUCUGCCAGAGAAAUACAUGAUGAACAGUGUACUGGAGAACUUCACCAUCCUACAGGUGGUGUCCAACAGAGAAACUCAGGAGACUCUGCUGUGCAUCGCCUUUGUGUUUGAAGUGUCCACUAGUGAACAUGGAGCACAGUACCAUGUUUAUCGACUAGUGAAUGACUAG